UGCUAUAUAGGAAAAAAGUGCAGAACUGGUGUAAGUGCUGCAUCUGUGGAUCUAGACACAAGACAAUGAAGGCUGUGUUAGUGAUUGCAAUGUGCUUGAUGGUCAUGGCUCUGGCCACUUCUGAUGAAACUUCUGAUGAAAGGGGCAUUAUCAUCAACCUGAAUAACGGAGAGCUGUGUGCCAUCAGUGUGCAGUGUAAGAGCUCCUGCUGUCUUCGUCAAUCUGCUUCCAGCCUGGCUCGCUGUGCCCCACGCGCUGCAGAGAAUGAAAUAUGCUCCAAAAAGAGCCUAUAUGGUACAUAUUACCACUGCACUUGUGAGGAUGGACUUAACUGUGAAGGUGACUGGUCCAUCGGAGGAUCCAUCGUUAACACCAACUUUGGGACCUGUGCAGACCCCAAUAAGGCUUAGACUACCAACAACCAAUGCUCUCUACAUAAUACAGAAUUGAACAGCCUUAAAACCCAAAUAUUGCAGACAGGCAGUGCAUUAAAUAUACAAGGAAAUAUUCAAAUGCAAAGAUAUGAGAAAUUAUGAAUUACUUUAAGGCAAAGUCAGAAUGAAUAAAUGCCAUAAUACAUCAGUCAAUAUAUCAGUCAAAAAGCUAUACUUAGAUUUUUUGUGAAAUUUCAGAAAAAAAGAUUAUAAUACACUUUAGACAUACCUCCAUUUAUAACACAACAUGACAACAUAUUCAAAGUACAUUAUGCCUAAUGCCCCGCUGUAUCAAAAAUAGAAAGGUAAACACUCAGAAUCGCCGAGUGAAAGUGGCAUUUUUGCCCAUGCCAGCAUAACACUGAUCCAUGAUGGCAUUUUGUCACGGAAUUACAUUUUGAAACCAUACAAUCAAUAAAAAUAUAUUACAAAAA